AACAGUUGACUUAAAAAAAUGAUAUACCGCUGGGUUCCUCCUCUGUUUCUCUAUAAAUACAUACUCUGCUCUGCUCCAUCUCUGUCUCUCAUUAAACAUUUCAUAUCAUAGCUUCCCAUUUACUCACUUUAGACAUCUAAGCAGAGAGAAGAAGAAAAAGAAACGGAAUAAUGGUUUUUGCCGGUGGUGGUGGUGGUGGUUUUGGCAAAGCGGAUGUUAUCCCAUUCGCUGUGCAAGUACUUCGUGGGAGAUGGUUUAUGCUGUUCAGUUCUUUUCUCAUUAUGGGAAGUGCUGGUGCAACUUAUGUCUUUGGUAUUUACUCCAAAGAGAUCAAAACAGUUCUUGGUUACGAUCAAAAAACACUUAAUUUGCUUGGUUUUUUCAAGGAUCUUGGAACUACUAUUGGAGUUCUCUCUGGUUUGCUUGCUGAGGUAGCUCCACCCUGGUUUACACUUCUUGUUGGUGCUGCUCUGAACUUCACUGGUUACUUCAUGUUAUGGCUCUCGGUCGCCGGAAAGGUUUCUAAACCCCAUAUCUGGCAAAUGUGUUUGUAUAUUUGUAUGGGUGCCAAUUCUCAAAAUUUUGCAAACACUAGUGUGCUUGUAACUUGUGUCAAGAACUUCCCUGAGAACAGAGGAAGCAUGAUGGGUCUGUUAAAGGGAUUCACCGGCUUAAGUGGAGCUGUCAUGACUCAAAUCUAUUUAGCGAUAUAUGGUAAUGAUUCUAAGUCUCUAAUCCUCCUUAUAGCUUGGCUCCCUGCUGUUAUAUCGAUUUUCUUUGUCGGAUUCAUCCGGUUGAUGAAAGUUGUUCGAGGUAUAGACGAGAGAAAGGUUUUCUUUAAUUAUCUCUACAUUUCAAUCUCAUUGGCUGUAUUCAUAAUGAUUAUGAUCAUAGUUGAGAAACAGCAUCCAUUUUCUCAUGGCGGAUAUGUUACUACCGGAACAAUUGUUUGUUUCUUGCUGUUUCUUCCUCUUGCUAUAACAAUUCAGCAAGAGUUUAUUCUUUGGAAUCGAAAGCAAGAAGACAUCAAAUCCCCACCAACAGCAGUGAAAAUUGAGAGUCCCUCAGAAGCUGUAGUCUCGCAAAGUUCUCUGAAAAUUAUAGAUUCAGAUAAACCCCAAAAAACAGAAGUUUCUUGUUUCUCAAAUGUGUUCAGCCCUCCGGCGAGAGGUGAAGACUAUACCAUAUUGCAGGCAUUAUUGAGCAUUGAUAUGUUAAUGCUUUUCUUUGCGACCUUUUGCGGAAUGGGAACCACUCUUACUGCGAUGGAUAACUUGGGUCAGAUUGGAGAAUCUCUAGGUUACCCAACUCAUGCCAUCAGUACAUUCGUAUCGCUUGUUAGUAUUUGGAAUUAUUUUGGAAGAGUUGGCUCAGGUUUCUUCUCCGAAAUCCUUCUCUCCAAGUGGAAAGUUCCUAGACCACUAGUAAUGGCUUCCAUUCUUCUGUUAUCCUGCAUUGGUUUCUUAAUAGUCGCGUUCCCGUUUCCUGGUUCCAUCUACCUUGCUUCAGUCAUCACCGGCUUUUGUUACGGAGCUGAAUUGCUUCUGCUUUACACCAUCAUUUCCGAACUAUUUGGUCUCAAAUACUACGCAACUUUGUUCAACUGCGGGAUGUUGGCCAGUCCCCUUGGAUCUUACGUGUUCAAUGUAAGAGUUGCAGGGGUAUUAUACGACAACGAAGCGUUGAAGCAAUUGCAGAUUAAAGGUCUUAGAAGAGAAACAGGGGAUGAUUUGACUUGUAUUGGAACGCAGUGUUUCAGAGUCGCGUUUCUUAUAUUAACAGCAGUGGCAUUUUCUGGCGCCCUCACUACACUUUAUUUGGUCAUCAGAACACGUAAAUUCUACCAAGGCGACAUAUACAAGAAGUACAGAGAAGAAGCCAUUACUAACACUGAUGAAACUGAUAUGGUUUCGUUCAAAGAUAGCAACACCAAAAAGUGAGCCGCAUCGUCGAUGACUUGUCACUAUUAGCUUCAUAGCUUGUCUUUCUUUUCCGCCGGAGAUUUUCUUAUGCCCCGGACUUGUUUAUGAUAAAUAAUUUGUAGUUAUAUGUUUGGAGCUUUAGAUGAUGUUAAAUAAUGCAGCCUUUCGUGACUAAUAAAAGGUCAUUGAUUGUAAGAAAAAAAAUUGGCAAAAACAAAAUAUAAUCCACUGUUCUGUAAUAUCCAAAAUUUGUCCUGCCUUCUUUGUGUUUCUUUCACCUUCCAAGUUGAAUAUAUGAACUGUUUGUUUGUUU